AUGGCGAAGCUCAACGCCACCGUCGCUGCUGUGCUCGUGCUGCUCGCCUUCCUCGCCGGGCAGUCGGUUGCCGGGCGCUACUACUACGACAAAGUCCAGGACAAGGUGAGGAAGGAAGUGGAGAAGGCCAUGGCAAACAAUCCCAGCAUUGGCCCCGCCCUUGUUCGCUUGGUCUUCCAUGACUGCUGGGUCAAUGACCGCCUAGGGGGGCCCGACUCCACGCCCGUCGACUCCGACUACCAGGCGGCGCUUAACAAGACAACGCCUCUGGCGUUGCUCAAGAGUGGGCAGAACCCGACGGUGCCGAACAACGCUCGCGACGGGAGCGACGCUUUCCAGAAGGACGCUGCCUACGACCCCGUGGCCAUGGGGGUGAACCCGAAGAGGGGCGUGUACGUUAUUAUCAAAGCAUAUGUUCUAUCUAUAUCUGUACAAUGA